GUAUCCCUUGUAAUGAUGCCUUACAAAACUAUUUUGACCAUGACGAAAUGGUUUCACCAAUGGUUUCAUCUGAUGAAGCUUUGACGAGUGACAAAACUAUAGACAUUCAUCAGAUGAAACCAUUGGUGAAACCAUUUCGUCAUGGUCAAAAUAGUUUUGUAAGGCAUCAUUACAAGGGAUACCUUGAAGUAGAAAAGGAUGAAAAUGAUACAAGAUAUCAAAGAAAUAAAGAGAAUAGAGGGAGAAGUAUUCUAAAGGAAAAGAGAAAGCAAUACUAUGAUGAAGAAAGUAGAGGCCCAGAAGGUUCAAAGAAAAGAGAUUCGAAUCAAGAAGGACCUAAA